GUGCUGCGGCUCCGGGCAGGGGACCGGGGGGUCCAGCUGGAUCUCUGCCCCCCUCCCCACAACGCCUGCUGGCAGGGCCAGGGAGAGGUCGGCGCUGGUUCCACCGAGCAGGAGGUCCCUGCAGGCCAGGGGCGGGCAUCAUGGCGGGACCAGCCCAGCCCAGCGACGUGCGGGAGUUCACACGCCACUCCAGCGACGUCCUGAUGAACCUCAACGAGCUCCGCAAGCGGCAGGUCCUCACAGACGUCACCUUGCGGGUGGGGGGCUGCCCCCUGCAGGCCCACAAAGCCGUCCUCACGGCCUGCAGCGGCUUCUUCUACUCCAUCUUCCUGGGCCAGGGAGGCCACGAAGUGAGCGUGCUGACCCUGCCCAGCGCCAUUGAGCCGGCCGGGUUCCAGGCCCUCCUGGACUUCAUGUACACCUCCCGCCUGCUCCUCACCCCGGGCACCGUCCCCGCUGUCCUUGCGGCCGCCUCCUACUUGCAGAUGGAGCACGUGGUGGAAAGUUGCCACCGCUUCAUCCAAGCCAGCUACACCUUCUUCUUAGCUUCUCCGGCAUCCCACUUCACCCACCACGGACUCCAGGCCCCUGGAGACGGAGAGGGAUCAGCCCCAGGGUGUUUUCCGAGACAGGCUCAAGGCGGCGGCGGCGGCAGCGGCAGCACGGUCGUCUCUGCGCUCCCCGGACCCUACUGCCCCACAGACAAGGGCCUGGGCUCCGCCAUGUCUCCGGGAGCAGGGGGUCAGCCCCCGCCCGGGCAGCCGGCCUCUCCUGGCGAGUCGAGCGGCUGUGCCCCCCCGGCCCGUGACCCCAAAGCCUGCCACUGGAAGAAAUACAGAUUCAUCGUCCUCAACUCUCUGCAGCAGGAGGGGCGGCGGGACCCCCCUGAGCCCCACAACCAGGCUGGCAGGGAUGAAGACUCCGGUGGCCCUGGAAAAAAGGGCCCCGUUCACAGGAGGCCUCCAACUCAGCCCCACUGCGCCAUCUGCAACCAGGAGCCCCUGCUGCUGUGCACACAUGUUCAGGAGGAGGUUUCGGUGGGCCGGGGAGACCCUCGUGGCACAGGUGCUGGUCCCUAUCACUGCCGGGCCUGUGACCUGGGGUACCUGGAAGAGGAGGAGGAAGAGGAGGAAGAGGGAAGAGAGAGCCCCACAGCAGGCGCUGCCCCAGAGGAGAAGCCCUACAAGUGUCAUUUCUGCAGCUCUGCCUUCCGCUACAAGGGGAACCUUGCAAGCCACAGGUCUCUGCAUACAGGAGAGAAACCGUAUCGCUGUGGGAUCUGCGGAGCCCAGUUCAACCGGCCGGCCAACCUCAAGACGCACUUGCGCAUCCACUCCGGGGAGAAGCCCUACAAGUGCGAGACGUGCGGGUCCCGCUUCGUCCAGGUUGCUCACCUGAGGGCCCACGUCCUGAUUCAUACCGGCGAGAAGCCCUACCCGUGUGGGACUUGCGGCACCCGCUUCCGGCACCUGCAGACCCUGAAGAGCCACCUCCGGAUCCACACGGGAGAGAAGCCGUAUCAUUGUGAGAAAUGCAACGUGGACUUCCGCCACAAGAGCCAGCUGCGGCUUCACCUGCGGCAGAAACACGGCGCCAUCACCAACACCAAGAUCCGCUACCAGGUGCUGGAGGGGCCCUAUGCCGCCCCCGCCCUCUGCUGAGCGAGGAGGGCAGCCAGCCCACCUGGGAAGCCGCAGGCACCUCGUCCGAGUCCAAGGGGUGGACCUCUCAACAUUCUGCUCUUCAGCAUGCGUGACAUCGGAGGCCGUUGGGAAGACCGUUUUGUUCUUUUCUUUGUUGACCUCCCCGCAGCUCCAGAAUAUCCAGAUUUCUCUCACAUGAUGCAAUUUCUAAGGUUUAGACGUCUCACCCAGUUAGGUGUGUUUAAACUGAAAUUUGACCUUGGCCUCCUUCCUGGCAUCCUCAAACUUGGGGGAACGGGGAGGGUGGAAGGAAGCAUCUGUCUUCCAGUCAAGAGUUCAGAAAGAGGGAUUGGAGAGCGGGGAGGAAUAUAUCCAUCCUCUUGCCACUGCAUGCCCAAGAAGAACCAAGCCAUGGGUUCUCAAACUUGGGACCCAGUCGUUGGACCACAAUUCCCAUCAUCCUCAGCCACUAUUGUGAUUGAGGAUGAUGGGAUUUGUGGUCCAGCAACACUGGGGGCCCAGGCUUGAGAACCUUUGAGCUCACCCUCCCUAGGCCCCCCUCCCCAAAGCCCGGCUCUGCAGGCAGAGCUCCAGGGGAAAGCAGGCUGCCCCCAGCAGGCCCGUCUCAUAAGCUGCCAUCUCUCUUUUCUGUCUUGCGUUUAGACUCCCAUUUGCAAAGCAGUGGGGAAGUUCAGGGCUCUCUUUGCCAGAGAAGGAGAGACUACCAGAAGUUUAAGGCAGGUCGUGGGAGAUUUUAAGUCCAAGAGAGGAAUUGGUGAGGCCUCGGGCUCUAAAAAUCUCAGAGCCCCGCCCCCACCCCAAGGCGAAAAGGGUGGUCUGUCUUUCUCCUCUGACAAAUGCAACCAGGUUGUGAAUGUUCGUAACUUACAGAGAUGUAUUAGUGUCGCCAUUUAUAUAUUAGGGGUGGCCAGGCUGAGGUUCUUCAGCUGUCAUUGGACUACAUGUCCCAUCAUCCACAGCUGCAAGUGCAGCUAGGGGUGAUGGGGCUUGUAGUCCAAUGACAGCUGAAGAGCCUCAGGCUGGCCACCCUUGGUGUGUGUGUGCAUGCAUAUGUGUGUGUGUGUGUACACACACAUACAUAUAUAAAGGACUGUUCUUCAAGAAUGUCCAGUAUAUUCUUUUUAAAGGUGUUAUUUUGCUGGCCAAAUCUGUCUUAUCUGUUUAUAUUGAAGCAAGCCUUUCUAAAAAAAAAAUCUUCUUGCCAAAGCAUUGCUGCUUUCUAACGCUUGACAAUCUUCCUCUUUAUGUUGAAGAGAUGUUGCAUUGAAGCUGGUCAGAGACCUUUCCAGAAGCAUAUCUAGAACUGGGUCUGGUAUAGGUGGAGGGCAGGGUGGGAAGAGAGAGGCACCCUGAGGUCUGGAACCUCAGCCACUCCAGAAGUAAUCUUGGUCUAGACUUCUGGUGCUCUAGAAGAGGUCUGGAACCUCAGCUGCUUUCAGAGGGGACAGGGUGAGAAUCGGGAGCGGAAAAGACUGCCUGCAAAGGGAUUGUGUUCCAGUUGCAAGGAGUCACACCAGCACCGGGGUUCUCAAAGCUGAGUCCCCAGAUGUUCUCGGACUACACUCCCAUCAUUCCCACCACAAUAACUGGAGGCUGGGGAUGAUGGGAUUUGUAGUCCAACAUCUGGGGACCCAAGUUUGAGGGCCUCUUCUGCACCAGCAAACUGCACAAAUGAUCCAUCCUCCACCUGUAGACAGGUUUUUGUGUGUGUGUGUGUACUAGUCUGUUGGACAUGUACACCUAAGAAACGGGAUGUGGUGAUGGCCACCAGCUCGGGAGGGCUUUAAAAGGGGCUUAGACAGGUCUGUCGAUGGCUGCUAGUCUGGUGGCUAUAAGCCACAUCCAGCCUCAGAGGCAAGAUGCCCCUGAAUACCAGUUGCAGGGGAGCAACAGCAGGAGAGAGAAGGGCAUACCCUCGCCUCUUGCCUGUGGGCUUCUCAGGGGUAUCUGGUGGGCCACUGUGUGAAACAGGAUGCUGGACUGGAUGGGCUUCCUUGGGCCUGAUCCAGCUGGGCUUUUCUUAUGGUCUUAAAUAAACUGAUUUCACCCUUGAAUGGAGGUGUUCAUAGGGCCAAGCUCUCGAGAGGGGAAGGAAGGUUCUGGAAUCUCCAGACUGGCCAGUCUAGAGUUGGCAGAUGAAUGUAGGUGUCGGCACAUCUGGGAUCAAAAGGUGAGCUUUUGAACCCCAAGCAGGCAAACUUUCAGGGGGCUGGUGUGCCAAUUGUAGCUUUGAAUGCCAGGAAAGGAACCAAAGAGGCUGGCUCCUUUUUGGUCUGGGCGCCAUUUGGAGGAGGGACAAGAAAAGACAGAGAUCAGUUUCUGCAGGUUUUUAAUUUAUUGAUGUGUGCCUUGUAACAAAGCUGUCUCUCUGCAAGGCCACCGAGCUUUAAAUCCUUGUCUUCUUUCAAUAAAGCUGAAGUUGUUUCGGGA